AUGAAGUUCUUCGCUGCCACCCUUUUCCUCUCUGCCGCUGUCGCUUCCGUGUCCGCCGCCCCUGCCAAACCCCUUGUUAGGCGAGAUGUUGACCCCGCUCUCGUGCCAGAGUUUGGCCACCCAGCCGGCCUGAACCCCACUGGCACUGGUGACUGCGAUGGCAUCACGAAUGCAGCUGGUGUUGUUGUCAAGAUUCCUUGCGCCUGUCCUCCUCCGCGCGCUGAUUUCAUCCAGUCCUUGAACGCGAAUGUUGCCGCCGGACGUGCCGUCAACAACCCAGGUGUCGCAGUUUCCUUCCCUACGGAUGGCUCGAAGGCCUCCAAGCUGGCGCGUAUGCAAGUUGCGCUCGUCACCCUGCAGAAUCUGCGUGGACCGGGUGUUGGAUGCCCUGCUGCGUCAACGACCUUCCUUGCGCAACAGAAGGCCAUUCAGGAUGGUGCCGAUACUCCGGCUCCGGCUCCGGCUCCGGCUCCAGCUCCGGCUCCAGCACCUGCACCUGCUCCAGCACCGGCCCCAGCGCCUCCUGCAGGAGGUGUUGACCCCGCUCUUGUCCCCGAGUUCGGUCUUCAAUCCGGUAUCAACCCCACCGGCACCGGCGACUGCGACGGUAUCACCAACGCUGCUGGCGUCGUCGUGAAGAUCCCCUGCUCGUGCCCUCCUGACCGCGCCUCGUUCCUCCAGUCUCUCAGCGCGAACGUUGCAGCUGGCAGAGCCGUCAACAACCCUGGAGUCUCCGUCUCCUUCCCGACUGACAAUUCCAAGGAGUCGAGGAUUGCGCGCAUCCAGGCGUCGCUCGUCACGCUCCAGAAUCUGCGUGGUCCUGGCGUCGGGUGCCCCGCAGCUUCGACGACACUGCUUGCCCAGCAGGCGGCCAUCCAGAACUCAUAA